CAGGCGCCCUCUAGUUUCCGGCGCGGGUGGCCCGGCAGCGGCAUCAGCAGCGGCGGCGGCGGCAGGAGCCGAAGGCGCGGAUGGCCAGCUACAAGGCCGCCGACUCCAAGCGGGAGCAGUUCCGCCGCUACCUGGAGAAGUCCGGCGUGAUGGACACCCUCACCAAAGUCCUGGUGGCGCUGUACGAGGAGCCCGAGAAGCCCAACUGCGCCCUGGACUUCCUGAAGCACCACUUGGGAGCCGUGGCGCCGGAGAACCCCGAAGUGGAAGCUCUCCGCCUGGAGGUAGCCGAGAUGAAAGAGAAGUACGAGGCCCUCCUGGAAGAAAACCGGAAGCUGAAAGCGAAGCUCGCCCAAUAUGAACCGCCGCAGGAAGAGAAGCGCGGAGAAUAAGCCUCCUUGUGUUACUUCAAUAAAAGAUCUGGUGGUGUUGGC